AUGAGGUUGUUUAGGAAGAUCUUGCCCUUGGUCGCAAGUGUGAUCCCAGCGUUGUUCGUAGGUGACGUCGAAGCCCGAUCGCAGGCCCCCAAAGCCAUCAGACAUGUCUCCUCGGUGCUCCAUCCGGUGAUCAAGGCACCGUCGCACCAAAUCGACCAUCUUUCCCAUUUCGACCUCACGUUUAGUCUCCAUAGCGGUACCCAGCGGAUAAAACUCGAGCUGGAACCAAACCACGAUAUCUUGGCCGAUGACGCCUACGUGCAAUACCUGGAUAAGGAAGGAAACGUGCAUCGGGCGGAACCCAUUCAGCGGCAUGAACACAAGGUCUUCAAGGGCAGAGCAUUGGUCGGCACUGGACCAGGGCGAUGGAACCCCGUGGGUUGGGCCCGGGUUUACAUGAAGAGAGACGGCGUUAAGCCCUUGUUUGAAGGGGCGUUCCUUGUCCAUGGCGACCAUCACCAUAUCGAACUCUCGUCAACGUAUCUUUCGAAGAAGCGCGAGGAUGAUAUCGCAAUCGCGCAGCGAUCGGAGGAUUUCAUGAUUGUCUACCGUGACUCGGACAUGGUACGCCACGUACAGCACUCUGAACUGAAACGUUCUUUUGGCGAGGCGGCAACAUGUCAGGCUGACCAGUUGGGCUUCAACACCGAUCCCGACCAUCCCGUCCUCCGCGCCUACGACUAUGGGGAGUCGAGUCGAUGGGGUGCCAUGUCUUUGAACUCUAUGUUCGGACUCAGCAAGCGUCAGUCGGACAUUGGUGGCGUAUCGGGUAACACCGGUAACGCCAACUUGAAGAGCACCAUUGACGACACGUCUGGGUGUCCCAACACGAAGCAAGUUGCGCUGAUCGGUAUUGCAACCGACUGCUCCUUUACCUCUGGGUUCAGCGACAAUCAAACGGCGCGUGAAUGGAUCAUCAACACGGUCAACAGUGCCUCUAGCGUCUACGAGAGCUCGUUUAACAUCUCCAUUGGCCUUCGUAACCUGACUGUCAAUGAUGCCGACUGCCCCACGACUGCACCGGAAUCGACCAAGUGGAAUAUACCGUGCGAUCAAGGCAACGUCUCCUCCAGAUUAAACCUAUUCUCCCAGUGGCGGGGAGACAACAAGGACAGCAACGCCUACUGGACCUUGAUGAGCGGUUGCCCUACCGGCAGCGAAGUUGGACUCUCGUGGUUGGGGCAGCUUUGCAAUUCCGACGCGUCGGACCAAGGCUCGAGCAUUGUCAGUGGAACCAACAUCGUUGUUCGGACGUCGGGUGGUGGCUGGCAGGUCUUUGCCCAUGAGUCGGGCCAUACGUUUGGAGCCGUUCACGACUGUGAUUCUAGCACCUGUGCGCAGGGUUACGAUAGCUCGUCGCAGUGCUGUCCUCUUUCGAGCUCUACUUGCGAUGCGGACGCGAAGUACAUCAUGAACCCAAGCGCACAGGACGUGAAACAUUUCUCACCCUGUACCAUCGGAAACAUCUGCUCAGCGCUAGGUGGAAACAGUGUCUCAUCGAGCUGUCUCUCUCAAAACAAGGGAGUUACUACCAUCACAGGUAGCCAGUGUGGCAAUGGCAUCGUCGAGGACGGAGAGGAUUGUGACUGUGGCGGUGAAGACUCCUGUGGAAGCAACAACUGCUGCGAUGCCAAAACGUGCAAAUUCAAGAACAACGCUGUCUGUGACGAUGCCAAUGAUGGCUGCUGUAGCGACUGUCAAUAUUCGUCUGCGGAUACCGUUUGUCGCGCAAGCCGUGGCGAAUGCGACAUCGAGGAGAAGUGCAGUGGCAACUCGAGCGCUUGUCCUUCGGACAGUUACAAGGAUGAUGGCUCCAGCUGUGGCAGUGGAUCGGGCUUGACCUGCGCCAGUGGCCAGUGUACCAGCCGGGAUCAACAAUGCAAGUCCCUGAUGGGCAGCCUGUUGAACAGCAACGACACAUGGGCAUGCGACGAUUCCUCCUGCACCGUGGUUUGCGCAUCUGACACCACGGGCCCGAACUCUUGCUCGAUCCUGGAGCAGAACAACUUCAUCGACGGCACACCAUGUGGAGGCGGAGGCCACUGCAAGAACGGAAAGUGCGCGGGCACCUCUGUUGGCGGAGAGAUUAAAUCCUGGGUCGACAAACACAAGGGCGUGGUAAUUGGUAUCUGCUGUGCUGUCGGUGGACUGAUCCUUCUCGCGAUCUUGUCUUGUCUGUUCAACCGCUGUCGCCGUCACCGAGCUAAGCCCGUGCCGGUACCGGUACCACCGCCGGGUGGCUGGCAGAGACCGAUGCCACCACCGCCGCGACCGUCGAUGGGACAAUGGGCCAACGGGCCUAACGGUGCUGGGUAUCAGGGCCUUGCUAAUGAGCCUCCACCGCCGUAUCCGGGGCCGUAUUAUGCUAAUCCGGCGCCGGCGGUGCACACGCGAUAUGCGUGA